ACUUCUUUGAAACAGAACUUCGCCACACUUAUCAGAAAGUAGCUCAUAAAAAGUUAUUUCAGUUGAACUGAUGCAGGACUCAGCUCUACUGCAAUUCAUGUAUUUGUCCGCACACAUCCUUCUGACAGAGGGUUAAGUCAUUGCUCAGUCAUGUAUAAAUUUUAAACAUUUUGCAUCUGAGGUUUGACUGCAUUUGUUGAGGCGUCACUUUCGGUAGCCUACAGCUUCCUUUUUUUGCUGGUGAUGUCAGGGGCAGAUGAAGAAAGUUUUCACUUAGCCGUUGCUGUCACAGGAUUAUGUCACGUCGUUGCAACAGUUAUCUGUCGUGCUACAGUCUUUGAGUAAUGUACGUAUGGGGCGGAGAAAAUCCUUCAUUUACUGGAAAUACCUUGGCAAGGCGUUGAACAAACAUGAUGAUGUCAUCAACAUGCAUGGUUGGUUCCAGAAACUCAAGUCAAGAGUUUCUGGGGCACAACGUGACCAAGAAGAGGCGACAAAAAAAUCAGCGUCUUCACUCAACUGUGCAUCAGCUUCACCAUCAUCUGCAUCAUCGUUCUGCUCUUCGUCAUCAUCAUCACCAGGGACAAACCCUUCCAAAGCACAGUCUGCUCUGAGCUCACGGCUGCGAUGGAGCCGAAAGUACGACGUGUUCGUGUGCCACAGCUCUGUGGACAGUGACAGUGAAGAGGCCGGACGCCUGGUCUCUUUCCUGGAGGCGUCGCCCCGUAGCCUUCGGUGCUUUCUACGGGAGAGGGACGACUGUCCAGGAGCUGCGAUUUCCACAGAGUUAUGCCAAGCUGUGCAGAACAGCCACUUGUGGGCUCUGCUUAUCACUCCUAGCUUCCUGCAGGAUGAUUGGUGCAAGUAUAUGAUGCACCAGGCUCUGGCAGAGGGGCCUAUGUCCAAUCGGAUUAUUCCCCUGGUUCAGAACCUGCCCCGCUCACAUUGUCCUCAGGAGCUGAGAUUCUUCUUUUGCAUUGACCUGAACCGUAACCCUGACUGGGGGUAUACUCUCCUCAACAAGACUGUGCUCAAGUACCUGGAAGACCUGGUUGCAAAGGAGAAGAAGACACUAGAUCACGACACGGACAGCUCUAGCAGUGGGUUGAGUGGCGGAGACAGCUCGAGAACAGACAUUCUGGUGUCAAAGUGCGACCCCACCGACACCUCAAUCCCACUGGAACUGAUAAAGACGGAAGAUGGGAUUUUAAACAGCGACUGCCUUGGCCAUCAUGAAGAGGGAAAGACUAUGAUGAAGGGCGACUGACUUUAAAUAGUAAACACUGCUGCUGGUGACCCUCGCUUUGUUGAAUGCAGCAGCGCAGUGAAUAAACAUUAACAUCUGGUCCCUGUGAGCCCUUGCUGCCUCAUCUCACGCCUCCUUGGCUAAGUGUUGUUUUUUUUUAUCCAUCUUCUGACUUAGCAGUGUUUGCUCUUGUUAAAUGUCAGAUCAAAUGUUAAAUGUCGGAAACACUUUAUUUUUCAGCCUCAGUUUUAGUUCAGUCUCGCUUUAACGGUCUUAAUUUUAGGUGAUUUUUACAUGCAUUAGUUCCUCUUUUACUAUUACUUAUAUAGAUGUUGUGAAAUCUUUCAAUCUUGCUCAAUCAGUCGAGGGUCCCACUCACUAUUUAUAUCGUAGCACUGAAACCAAUUUCUGCAAAGAAAUGGAUAAUGCCUCCUCUGGUGUUACUCAAGGCUCCAUGUUUGUAUUACUAAUUGAGGUGUAUUUCAAAAAACUGAGUUAUAUCUCUCGACCGAUCUCAAGAUGGUCACACGCGCCUUCAUGUCAUCCUGGUUAGGUUAUUGUACUCUGUUGUAAUCAGCUUUAAACAAAAAGACUAUCUUCAGCUUGGACAAAAUGCAGCUGCUUGGCUUUUAACAAAUACUUGAAGACACUGUCUUAGCCUGACUUCACCUGUCACCACUACUGGUAAGUCUCAGAAAUCAUUUAAAGAUUUUACUGAUUACCUUUAAAGAGUGGCGCGAUUCAGCUCCCAGCUGAGUUGCUGAACUGCUGCUGCCCUAUCAGUGAGUGUAGCCUCAGACUCUCAGGGCUCUGCUGAUUGUUCCUUGUCCUGGUACUAAACAUUACCAGGCCUUUGCUACAGGGCCCGGCCCCAGAACCCCCUCGUCUGAGGAUAACAUUUGUAUAAAAGGGGGGAAAAAAAGCUUUUCAUUAAUUCCAGCACACUGUUUAAUUCAAAAGCUUAUGGGUUUUAUAGUUAUUGUUAUCAUCUUAUUUCAAUGUUGGGUAUUUUCUUUUUUAAUUGUCUGGUUUUAUUUGCCUAGUUGCAGUCCUAAAUGUUUUUCACAUAUAAAAAUUAAAAACUAAAACAGAA